AUGUUUCUUGUAAACAUCCUAAAAAAACAAUCCAGAAAUAAACUAUCUUUCAUACCCCAACUGCGAAAAAUGAGUACAGGAAAAUAUGAUCCACCAAUAAAUCGUCAAAUGACGACAUUAGACAGGUCCUUUUUCAUCAAGAGGAUCCCAUUAUGUGCCGUGAAAUUCCCUGAUUUAAAGAAUAUUAGUAUAUUCUCUAAAAAAUUCAAAGGUUAUAUCUUAAGAGUUCCGAGAAUUCCACAUGUGGUCAAAUUAGAACAAACUAAAGAUAUCUCCCCAGAUGAUGGCAAGACACUCGCCUGCGAUAACGGAAUUAUUACUAAGGGAGUCCUAUUAACGGACUCAAUCACUAAGAAAGAUGAUGUUUCUAGUGUUUUAUCUCCUGAGGCCGUAGAAUUUUUGAGAGAAACCCAAGCAGAAAUCCUGAAUUACGAAUACCUGUUAAAUUACGACUAUUGGAGAGCAGAAGAUAUAUUGAGAGCUGUUUUACCAGAAGAUCAUUUGGAAGAAAUACCAACUGGGUUCACUGUAACGGGCCACAUUGCUCACUUGAAUCUUCGUGCUGAAUUUAAGCCUUUCGAUGCGUUGAUUGGCCAAGUUAUCUUAGAUAAGAAUCAUAAAAUUGAAUGUGUAGUUGAUAAAGUCAGUUCCAUUGCUACUAAGUUUAGAACAUUCCCAAUGAAAGUUAUCGCUGGUAAUGUUGAUAACUUAAUUGUGGAGCAAAAGGAAUCUAAUUGUACAUUUAAGUUUGAUUUUAGCAAAGUUUAUUGGAAUUCAAGGUUACAUACAGAACACGAUAGAUUAGUUACUAAAUAUUUCAAUAUGGGUGAAGUUGUUUGUGACGUAUUUGCGGGUGUGGGUCCAUUUGCAGUACCAGCAGGGAAAAAAGAUGUCAUUGUCCUAGCGAAUGAUCUUAACCCGGAGAGUUUCAAAUAUUUGAAGGAAAACAUAACUUUGAACAAAGUAGAUCAGUUAGUUAAACCAUUUAAUUUAGAUGGUGGUGAAUUUAUUCGUGAAUCACCUACUUUAUUGAAGAGAUGGAUAGAUAAUGAAGAAAAUGGCAAAAUUCACGUGAAUAUCAAACCUACGAGGAAGAGACACAAGAAGAAUGAAGAUGGAACUUCAGAACCUGUUAAGUUAUAUAAAGAAGUUGUCAUACCGAAUGAAAUUAGUCAUUUUGUCAUGAAUUUACCAGAUAGUGCCAUUGAUUUCCUCGGGUCUUUCAUUGGAUUAUAUUCUUCUGAUACAACGAAGAACAAAAUGCCAUGGAUUCAUGUUCAUUGCUUUGAAAAAUAUGACAAUGAUGAGGAUCUUACAAUGGAAGAGUUACAUUCCAGAGUGUACCAAAGGAUACUGAAUUCAUUGAAAACGACUACUGUUGUUCUACCGCAAGAAGCAUUAUCCUUCCAUCUUGUACGUAAAGUAUCACCAACCAAACCGAUGUUUUGCGUCAGUUUUAAAUUACCAGCGUCCAUCGCAUUCGCCUCUAAAAGUACUUAA